UGGGUCAUAGCUUUUACUGUAAUCGAAUAGGCACAUAAGAAGAUGAAGGAAAGGAAAAAUAAUGAAUUGUUCAAUUCAAGGCCGUACUGGUCUUGAUCGGUGACAUAAGCACCAUCAACCGUUGCUGUUGACCACUUUUGACACCGUGCUCGAACUCAGCUGACCGCAUUCACGCCUACGCACCACGACCCCCAAUCUCUGAUCUACAGGUCGCUGUGGAAAUGCACAUGUCUGCACCCAGGGCCCUGCCCAGGGCUCUCGAGUCUAGGCGCAGCUUACGCAUAGCUAUUCUGUCAACGGGCCGUGCAUGGGCCAGCGCAAGCAUAACGCGACGGCAUAACGGUAUAGCCGUAACGCGACACGCUCCUGUCGUCACCUGGGUUUUGCCGACGCUGUGCCGGAUAUACCAUCGCGCCACUCAUCGCCUGGCCCCUCAGUGCCGCUGAAGCUGGGGAGCGCCUCCUGCGCUGAGAAAAAGUCGCUCGCUGGUUUCCAUAACGGGAUGCACAUUCCUAGGAUCCCGCUCGUGUAUUCGGCGCUUCGAUAUCCACUUGUUUGACUGCGAUAUGUCACAGUAUAAGAAGUAGAUCUGUGGGAGUGGGAGUGCGUCUCGCACUUUCUUACUUCUCUUACCACUUUACCACACUUCUCUUCACACUCUCUCAUGAGCAACUUGGAUGCAACAACCGUUGCGGUCUAUGGGCUUGUGGCUGUUCUACCGGUCGCAGGUCUCUGGGCUGUGAAGACUCUCAACCAGAAGAACCCCGUGCCCGCAGUCAUCGGCUCGGAGGGCUGGAUCGCCUCGCUCAAGGCUGCGCGCUACUUCAUCGAGGAGCCGAUGAAGGUCGUGCAGCAGGGCUACGACGAAUACAAGGACGGCGUGUUCCGGAUCCCGCGUCGCUGGCGCUGGGACUACAUCGUCUCGGGCACGCAGCGUAUCAAGGAAGUCGGCUCCGCUCCGUCGGAUGUCCUCUCGUUCAUCGAGGGCGCUGGGGAGGUCAUCCAAGCGAGAUACACGAUGGGCGCUGAGCUGAUGGAGCACCCAUAUCAUACGAUCACCGUUCGCACGAGUCUGACGCGCAAUCUGGGGCGACUGUUCCCCGAGGUCAAAGACGAGAUCGAGUGUGGCUUCGAGGAUGUCCUAGGGCUGCCUGAUGACGACUGGAAGCUCGUCCCGGUUCUUCCGGCGAUCAUGAAAGUGGUCGCUCGAACCAGCAAUCGUCUCUUUGUGGGAUUGCCCUUGUGCCGAAACGAUGCAUACCUCAACUUGAACGUGAUUAACACCAUGGAAAUCGUACAACGCGGUCAGCAGCUGGAUUCCUGGCCAGAUUUCUUGAAACCACUCGUGGCGCCCUUCAUUGUUACCAGACAGAAGCGUUUGCGCGAGAUGAUGGGCUUUUUGGGUGGCAUCAUACAAGAGCGCAUCGCCAAGGAGGACACUCUCGGUCCCAAUUACGAGGGUAGACCUAAUGAUCUGAUCUCUUGGCUCCUGGAACUUGCCGGACCCGAAGGAAGACACCCUGAACCUAUUAUUGCUCGCAUUAUGUCAGUCAACAUGGCUGCCAUCCACACCUCUUCCAUGGCGCUCACCCACGCUAUUUUCGAUCUCACGACGUACCCGGAAUACCUCGAGCCUAUGCGUGAAGAAGCGGAGAGUGUCGUCAGGGCGGAAGGCUGGACCAAGUCAGCACUGAGCAGCAUGCACAAGAUCGACAGCUUCAUUAGAGAGACACAGCGGAUGCGCGGCAACGGACCAGUGACUAUGGCUCGUAAGGUCAUACAUCCCGAUGGUUUUAUGUUCUCGGACGGAGUCAAGGUGCCUCGUGGUUCGUUCAUCUAUGUCUCGGCAAGACCUGUCCACUACGAUCCCAACCUCCACAAGGACCCGGAAGUCUUCAACGGAUUCCGUUAUUCCCAACUUCGAGAGGAGAAGGCCGAUCAUCACACCGUCGAGGAAGGCAUCUUCAACAGCCAUAUGGUGACGACGAGCAUGGAGCAUUUGGUCUUUGGGCAUGGCAAACACGCUUGCCCCGGUCGAUUCUUCGCGGCCACCGAGCUCAAAGCUAUGCUAGCGCACAUUCUCAUCAACUACGAUAUCAAAGCCGAGGUGCCUGGUGUCCGCCCUCCGAAUCUGGAGCGCGGAAUGAUGUCAGUGCCGAAUGCGACGGCGGGUAUCUUCAUCCGCAAACGUCAACUGUGAUUCAGAGUCCUUGUAACUAUGUAUAUUACCCAGCAGUGUCAUCCAUACCCCCCUUUUCACAGACUGUUACUUGGCCGUUCCGCCUUAUCUCAUACAAAGAAUCUUAUCGAUCUGAUACCAUCAAUCUUGCACACGGGACAAAGCUACUCUCGACUUCCAUGGCCAAGCGAGCGCUUCUCGUCGUCGACAUGCAGGAAGACUUUUGUCCACCGGUAAACCCCUCGGGAUGCCUCUCUAGCGAUCAUCGUUCAGUUUUGUGCAGAGUGGGAGUCUCGCCGUCUCGGGUGGCCGCGAUAUCGUUCCUGUUAUCAACCGCUUACUCUCCUCAUCCAAGUUCGACCUCAAGGUCGCAACGAAAGACUGGCACCCAGCGGAUCACGUCUCCUUUGCGGCCAAUCACCCCGCACCGGGUAACAAGCCGUUCGAGUCGUUCGCCACGAUCGUGAACCCCCACAACACGGCGGAGAGAUACGCGACACGGCUGUGGCCCGUGCACUGCGUGCAGCACACCCCCGGGGCGGAUCUUGUGCCUGAAUUGGAUGUGUCGAAGAUAGACAGGGUCAUUGAGAAGGGACAGGACGCGCGGGUCGAGAUGUACUCUGCGUUCUCGGACCCUUUCAAGAGCCCAUGCGUCGCGCGGAGCGAUCUCGGGGCAUAUCUGAAGGAUUGCGGGGUGGGCGAGGUGUAUGUCGUUGGGCUGGCGAUGGACUAUUGUGUCAAAGCUACGGCGCAGGAUGCGGUGAAGGAGGGAAUGAGGACCUUUGUUGUCACCGAUGCUACCAAGGCCGUAGAUCCGGGAGAAGGGUGGAGGAGCUCGAAAGUAGAGAUGGAGAGUAGUGGGAUCAUCUUUCUCGAGUCCGGGGAUAUCUAAUCCUGCUAGCUGAUAAGAUUAGAGGAAACCUACCGUAUCCAGUGGGAUUCUAGACUGUCAGAACGAUCAGCUGCCCCGUCGAUGACCCUGAACUACCAAUGCCGCUGUUACAUAAUUAGACAUACAGGUCCUCAAGCAGACGUUCAACAGACAGAGUGGACGUCUGACAACGAUCUGAAAGCUUGCAAAGUCUCGACUCG